AAUGCUAAGUUACAAGAAGCUUUUGACUGUUGCAUUUUUCCUUUUAAUUUUCUGUGAAGCUCGAAGGGUUUUGGGCACAGACGAGAUACCCAGCGUUCAGGAAAGUCGUCAUGCACGUGCCCUUCCCUGCCCGAUCCCUGAAGACAUCCUCCCAUGCACGUGCUCUGAAGACGUCGACGGGGCGAUAGACAUGGACUGUUCACACGUAGAGAGCGAGGAACAACUAGCCAGGGUGUUCACUGCAACCAUCCCGUUCCCCAAUUUCCGGAGACUCGUCAUAUCGCAAAACACCCACUUAAAAUCUCUCCAACGAGGUGCUUUGGGCCGGACCUCGUUCAGGGAGAUCUACGUCAUGGGGAGUGUCCUGCAGGAAGUCCAAGAAGGGGCGCUGAACAACAGCCACGCCACUCUCACCGACAUUCGGAUCUACUCGAACAACCUGGCGGACUUUCCCUUCCAGGAACUACCUCUUUUCACGUCCCUGCUUCGCCUGGACCUGAAUCACAACGACCUAGCGUACUUCCCGGUCUUGCAGUCGGAUGUUCUAUCGUACGUUGACUUGGGAUACAACCACAUCAGCGACCUGCCGAGUGAGGCCUUCAGGAACGUCUCGCAGGUGGCCGAGGUUCACCUGACUGGGAACAGAAUACAGGAGAUUCACACAGGCACCUUCGCCGGCUACGCAAAACUGGCCUUCGUUUCCCUCGGCGACAAUCAGCUGUUUUUUGUUUACCCCGGGGCGAUCCAGCUGACUUCGCUCCAGCACAACACGGUUCAUCUGCACAACAACCUCAUUUCUUCGCUGGAGGUCAAUGCUAUCGCAGGUGUUGUUGAGGGCUUCGUGUCCUUGCACAAUAAUAGUAUAACGACCUUGGAUGAGGAAUCUUUACGACCACUUGUGGAGGAGCAAGUCGAAGUCGAUCUCUCAGCCAAUCCUCUCACCUGCGGCUGUGACGUGGCUUGGAUCCUCACCGACGACACUAUUUUGAGCCUUAUUGACGAUGACGCAACCUGCACCAGCGGCGAACUCUUGGUGGAACUUGAUCCCCAGAUUUAUAUUGAUUUGUGUCAAAUUCGUUGA